UCCACAGGCACCCAAGCUUGCAGAGAAGUACUGUGUGUGUCAUUUAGCUACUGGGGACAUGCUGAGGGCCAUGGUGGCAUCUGGCUCAGAGCUCGGUCAGCGGCUUAAGGAAACCAUGGAUGCCGGCAAACUGGUGAGUGAUGAGAUGGUGGUGGAGCUCAUUGAAAACAACCUGGACGCGCCUGCAUGCAAGAAUGGAUUCCUGCUGGACGGUUUCCCCCGCACCGUCAAGCAAGCAGAAAUGCUGGACGGCCUUUUGGAGAAGCGUGAUGAGAAACUGGACUCUGUGGUUGAAUUCUCUGUUGAUGACUCUCUGCUAGUGCGCAGGAUCUGUGGGAGGCUCAUUCACCAGCCCAGUGGCCGAUCUUACCAUGAAGAGUUCAACCCUCCCAAAGAGCCAAUGAAGGAUGAUGUGACUGGGGAGCCUCUUAUUCGCCGCAGUGAUGACAACGAGACCACUCUGCGCUCCCGACUAGAGUCCUAUCACAAGCAGACGGCCCCUCUAGUGCAGUACUACAGUGCCCGCAGCCUCCACACUGCGGUCGAUGCUUCUCAGUCCCCCAACCUCGUCUUUGCCUCCAUCCUUGCUGCCUUCUCUGCUGCUACCUGUAAAGAUCUUGUUUAUUUUGUCUGAAUCAUCUCUACAUCCACUCUUUUCUUGUAUGCAUUAUAAACCCUAUUUGAUUCCCUUCAUGUUGUGUGUUUAUGUCUUGUGAGUUUGUCUUUAGACAUUUUGAUUCAUCUGCUGCCUAUUGUACAAUGGGUAACGGAACUCUUUUGACAAAAAAAACCUAUGAAAUAUUAAACGCUGAAUGGUGAACCCAAGCUUCUUGUAAUGCUUCAUUGAUUAAAAUAAUAUAGAAGUUGUCAUACUAAUUAAUUUGGUUAUAAGCUUCUAUAUAAUGAAAGCAUGUUUUGCUCUAACCAGACACCUGUAAAAAGUAUGGUUAUGUCAUUUGCACUAGUUCACUAUUUCCAGAGUGAAAUGUGAAAAUUCUUAAGACUUUCUGGUAGAUCUUGUAGUAAUGCAUGAGAUCCUGUAGAGGUCAUGUGAAUGCUUGGUUUAAUUGCUGAAUGGAAAAAGCUUUUUUUUAAUUAAUUGCUUUAUUAGCUAAUAUUUAUUCAUUAAUGUCCUGAAUUGAGUCAUUAAUUUACUUGUGCACAUUUUUUUUCUUUUUUCUGCAGCUGUAUGAAAUCCAGUUUCUCCCAUCCAGGUUGAUCCAGAUGUGAAAAUAAUGGAUGGGGGAAAGGGGGAGCUGGAAGUGUCUCAGAUGUUUAUUUUGAUCAUGCCAUGUAGUGAAUGUGUUUUGUAAUGAACACAGAUUUAACUGAAACCCAGUUGAUUACCUCCAAUAAACAUGGGAGACUAUUUUCUACUA